UAGUUGAUUCAAGGAAAGACUCGUCAUGUCAAGCCGUGGCAAAAAGCUAAUAAACCCGUCUCCGAAUGAUUUUGUUGACCGAAAAAUGAACGAAGUUGUGGAAUUUCCAGAAUUAACGAUCCGCUUGGAGCGUAUCGAAAGCAUUCUGCUGCUAUUAAAUUCCGAAGAGGAAGUGAUUUUGGUAAAUGUUCUCAAGCAUCUCACGGAAUAUGUGAGGAAAGGUGAUGACAAUGUGGAGCUAUUAAAACGGCACAAAGUCUUGGAUUUGCUGAGUGGCAAAGGAUUUUAUCGCGAUUCCGUCAAUGCCAUUAUUCGGAGGUUUUCAUUAUAUCUGGCCAAUCAUAUCUUGGAAAACAUGAAUAGGUUAGUUGAUUUGGAUCAGGAGCAAAGCUGGAAACUGGUAAAAGCUGUCCAGCUCCAAUAUCGUUGCGAAGAGGAUGAUCUUUGUUUGGAAUAUCUGCUUGUUAUCCUUUGCAAUUUUUCGGAUGAUCCGAGAAUGAGCGAGACAUUAUCGCAGGACACGGAAUGCCUAGACAAAUUGUUGCACCAGUUGUCCAUUUCCAACAAUCCUGAUGUGAUUCUCAAUUCAAUGAAAUUAGUGGAGCGAAUUUUGAGAGUCCUCGAUGCUAAUGGGAUUCAAAACUUUUUCGUUCAAAGGCAGUUUCCCAUCCAACGAAUUAUUUGCCAUUUAGCUUCAGACUUUAUGGACAUACGCAGGACCACACUUAACUUGUUAGCAAUUCUCCUGGGCAAUGCGAACUCGGAAAGUGGAUCACUUUUUUCCGACUCGCUUCAGAUUUCCCUUUUGAGAGAAUUGACGGAAAUGUUUUGUGCGAAUCGAGAGAUAUCGGAAACUCAACACGUCGUGGAUGUCCUUUCAUCGGCCAUGCGGAACAAGGCAAUGGUAGAUGUAUUUUUUCUACACAAUUUAUUUGAGCAGUUUAUGUCGGUUCUGGCGCUCGACGACUUUUAUUUUGAGCACUCCUGCCAACCCUUAAAAGUCCUUUGCGAAAUUGCCAAAUUUUCUCAAUAUGAGACAGCUUUAGCGGAAUCUGGCAUCUUGUACAAGCUGAAGGAUUGUCUAGUUGACGAGCGUAGCAUGCCUUCUGUCCAUAUUUUGAAGGGCCUGCAUCGCUUGAUAACGCACAGGAGAGCUGCAUGUCAAAUUUUGGAACUGGAACGAUAUAGCACCGAACAAUCUAGGGCUGUUACAACGAUAUUAGGAAUCCUAAUCAAUGUGGAUGUCAACAUAGAGAUGCGAGAGGAGGCAUUAAAUUUAUUACUGAAAUUAUUGAAGUUCGCUUUUGUGGAAACUAGUGAUCAACUUCAUCGGACACAAGUAAUGGAAACUUUGGCAAUGAUAUUUGCACAGAAUUCAAUACAACUAUCGACUGAUUUACUUUUGAAUUUAUUGAAACUCGUCGAGAUAUUGGCGAAGGACACAAGUCAGUCCUUCUGUCCGUUGGAAAGUUCCGAUUUGAUAAGAAAUAUAGCCGUGCUGCUGACGAAUUCGUUCUCCUCAGCUAUUUUGGUUAGCAGUAUAUUCCGUUGUUUGGCCACAAUUGCCAGUGAGGGGUAUGACCCCCAAAUAUUACUGAACUGUCACAUUGGAGCGUCCAUCAAGAGAGGCCUCAAGUCGCUGUCGAAUACCGUGAAAACAGCUGCCUGCAAUUUUAUAAUGCAAACUUGUCAGUUUCGGGAAUUUCUUUGCGAGUAUAUAGAUCAUGGUAUUUUGGAAAUCCUUGUGAGGCAACCAGAAAAUGCAUUUUGUGUUCCCAACUGGAAUACGGCCAAGGAGAGUAUUCUCUCCAAAACACCAACCUUGAAGUUUUGCAUUGCCAAUUACCUGGGUUUCACCGACUCCACGGAAGCACACGAUUUCUAUGUCUCAAAAAAAGCAUUUGACGAUUUUCGCAUAUUCCAGACCAUUCUCAAGGAGGAGGUGUCCCCAUUGCAGCCAAUACUGGUGGUGAAUUUCCAGAGAGAAAUAGCCCCGCAACAGAGUGUUAUAAGAAUACCGAUGAAUUGCUUGACUCCGGAGGAGUACCAGGGACAAAACAAUCCCGAUGAGUGGUGUUACUGCCGAACUCCGGGUGAUGCGAAAUUGCCCCAAAUUUUAACACAAUUAUUUGGGCGAUUACAAGAAUGUGAAAUUAAUCCGAGGCUAUCAUGUGGGAUGCUUUUGUCAGAAUUAGAUUUUGUUGGUCUCACCACGAAAAUAAAAAUCAUAAGCGAAAUCGUGGCUCAGGCAUUGUCAAACAAUUUACCAUCCCUUGAUUUAAAUGGCCCAGAAGAAUGCUCUCAACAUUUGGUGGAAUGCCAUCUCAAAGAGCUGGCCAAGGAGCUGCAUUGCAACUUUAUUCCUUUGGGACAGAUUAAAACUGGCUGUCAAUUUGAGAGAUCGGUGCUCUUCAAAGCCCUGGCUGACCAAAUCGGCUUACCCUGCACCCUAUGUCGAAGCGUGGACGGCCGCACGUUGUACAAUGAGAUAUCAAUGCCCAUUGAAGUGCAACCGGACAUCCACUGCGAUGUGAAUACCCUGACGUGGACGCCAUUGCGAAUGCUUCGUCCAACCCAUGUUGUUGAUUUGAUGUACAACAUUGGCGAAAUAUAUCCGCUGCAAAGUGGACAAGCUAUGAAAUACCUAAGAUUAGAUUGAGGUCUAAUUGAGAGAUGGAGAAUAGAACUAAAUAUUUGAGAAUAAAUUUUCGUUGUGUUGUUCAAAUUGAAAAAUAUA